GGUGAACAUGGCAACUUGCACCAGGCGAAGCUUGUGCCAUUUUCUUUCCGUUACAUUAGUACGCCACAAUUGUAACCGAAAUGUCCAGGCUAAAGCUUCCACAGUAAAGGAAUUAUAUCCGCCCAUUCUGCCGUCCUCGACCGCGAAGAGCACAUCGGCCAAGAGGCGUGUAGUGGACGAGUUUUUCGGCCAGCUGCGUUCGUGCAGUGUCAAGGAGAAGAUUCGAAUGCUCACUCGUGUCCAGCGCAAGAAGUACGUCAUUUACCCGCAAACAUUUUCUCUCAACGCGGACAGAUGGUAUCAGCACUAUACCAAAACAGCCUAUAUCAGCGGUCUGCCAGAGAAAUACGUCGGGGCAGAAGCAGGUUCUGCGCUGGCUGUUGACGAGUCUCUGGUUUCUGAGGCAAAGUCCGUAGUUUGCAACUACCUUUUGCAAGAGCACUGGUACCUGCAGAAAACAAGAAGUUUUGUUCACAAACAGCAAGAGCUAUCCGCCUCUCCGUUUUUGAGGAAUAUUGUGUAUGAUCUGAGAAACCUUCUGGCCAAAGAAAACCCCGUACUGUCUCUGUCUAGUUUAGAUUAUGACCCCCAGAUUAACUAUUACUGGCUCCAGGGAGAGAGAACUAUCCCAAGGGGACACAGGAGUGGACUGAUCGAGCCGAUGAGAUUCCAGAUUGAUGACAGACCUCACAGUCAGAUCAGAAUCCCACAACAACUUCCUGAAUUUGUUCUUCCUGAGGCAGAGAUCUCUGGUGAAGUUCCUGUCAUCUCUUUGGCUCCGGACCUACUGCCAUUGUUCAGGAGACAGUAUGACAACAACAUCUUUAUAGGCACCAAACUGGAAGACCCUUGCUGCUAUGGUCACACACAGUUUCACAUUGUUCCUGAUAGGUUUUGCAGAGAUAACAUGAACAAGAGAGGCCUCUCUAAUCAGGUGGAGGUGUCACUGAGAGCAAAUGCAAUUGCCAGCCUUUUCGCAUGGACUGGGGCUCAGGCUAUGUAUCAAGGCUUUUGGGCUGAAGAGGAUGUGAGCAGGCCGUUUGUGUCUCAGGCUGUCAUCACAGAUGGACAGUUCUUCUCAUUUUUCUGCUAUCAGCUCAAUACUCUUGCUUUGAGUCCAAGGGCUGAUGGCCAAAAUGGCAGGAUAAACUUAUGCUGGGGCACAGAAAGCAUGGGUUUAUAUGAGAGGGUCACUGACGGGGAUGUGCUGGGCUGGAAUGAAGCCCUCUUACGGCUGCUGCUGCAGUUUUUAUUGAACAAACCACAGUGAUUCUGAAGCUUUUAAUUGUGAUUUGAUUGAUUUGACUCUUAAUAAACAAUAUAUACAGCUA